AAUCCAAAACAGAAGAAGCUGGCGAGGAAAGUAAAGCAGAAGAUGCAUAUAACGAGGAAUUGUCCUUGUUUAGAAAGAAUGACAAUUGGAACAAUUCAAAUUGGCAUUUCUUGUUUUGUUUAUCCAAAAGAAGAACCAAAAUGCAUUGGCUAUUUACAACUGCGUUCUAA